AUGGGUGCGAGCGCCUUCAAUGGUACAUUUUUCAGCCCUAUGAAUGUAACCACGAUUGUUACUGCCAAGAUCGAAGGCCUGGGUGUGUCAGGAUCCACAACUCAAAUGGUAUUGCUCCUACCCAUAUCUGAUUUGCAUUCACAACAACUAUACCGAGGGAUGGUAUUUGUGAAAGAAUCCUCUGUACAAUUUGCACAACUGCUCAAGUGGAUUGAUGAAUGUCAACGUUGGGAUGACACACUUCACAGCAGUAACUCUUAUCUCAGCCGACAUGAUAAUGCUCUUCCUGGACCAGAAUAUCACUUCUACAAUGAUUGGGACGUGAAAAGCCUCAACCGUUUCUUGCAUCGGUCUGCUUUGCUGGGCCGGGCACAAGCAGGUCCCUUCCCUCAGGACUGGGCCCCUGUGAUAUCAAAAUUGAAAGAGCUCACAAAGCUUCUUACCAAAAGCAAUACAGACCCAAGCUGUAACUUAUGGUUCGAUGAUGGUGGUAAUGUCGAUGACACUCAUGUUAAAUUUGGUGCACCGUGCUUCAAGGCUCAGGGUUACGGUGAAUCUGCUGAUGAUUGCCUUGCAGAUUUGGUCUUGCCUCACCAACAAUCAAAUGCUCACUGGACGCAAUUGGCACCAUAUAUCACCAUGCUUGACUUCAACCUCAUCGAUCACACUGGAACUACAAUCACCGAGGCCAUGCUUCCUGAUGCUCUGAGUGGUGCUACUGUUGACAUUGCAUUUGUCCUUCGUGGUUGGAAGUUUGGAUCAACAAAUUUUGGCUCACCAUCGAACCAACUGCGUGCUCUGUUUGCCAAAGUGAAAUCCGCUUUUAGCAAUACCUUCAUAGGUAACAACCAGUCGGACCACUUCACCAGUCGUAGUACCGGUCCCACAUUGGACGCCUCAAUUGCGGCAAUCAUGGCACAUUGUACAAUCCUUCUGGCAGUACCUUUGAAACAUGCAGCUAAUAUGGUACCUCCUUCAUCGUCAUAUGCCCGGGAACUACCUCUUGCAAACAAAGAGUUGUUACCAAAUGUUACUGAGAACAACUUCAAAUACAUUGACUCUGGUCAAACAUUACUUCAACAUAGUGACUUCAACCUACCCAUACCCCAUCAUCAAAAUGGUGUUUUGCCCACUACCUUUGACCACGAGUUCGAAACCAGGCUUAUGAACACUGACCAUGUUCACAGUAUGAAUCAUGGCAAUCUGCAGUUCCCGUUCACUUUGAAAGACAGACGCGGAGACCAGGCCUUCAAAGUACAGGUCAUGGCGGAGGAGUUCAACUACAUGAACAACAUCUCUAGUUCUGUCCCAAAUGGUAAGGAUCCUGUUGGAUUCAUCAGCUCUGUUGCUGAAGACUACCAAGUUGUGCAAUCACCAAGGACAAUGCCAGCAAUGUUUUCAAUGACACCGAUAAAAGUAUCUUAUCCUCUGCCCCCUCCUCCAUUCUAUCCAGUUUCCAACAGCACAGACAAAGGCAGGGGAAAGGGAAAAAAGAGGGCAGUGCCUGAUGAUGUUGGCCCCUCGGUGCCGGCUAAAGCUGCUAAGAUUGAUACGGACCCUCAACAAAUAGCUCUGCUGGCCACGGUGGAUUAA